UGAUGUGAAGUUCGUACAGCUAGACGAGUUCUCAAACACGGAAUAAUCGCCCAUGACCUGUCGAGUUCGUUAUAAAGCAAGUUAUUCAAGUUUGUGUUUUAUUCAAAAGUUUACAUUUGGUGAUUAUCAAGGGAACAAGUGUCAAGGAAUUCAAGAUAUUGCAGAAGCGACGCACUAGAUUUGUGGUCAGACAUCAGCGCUCACUAUGUCUGAUGGGGACUAUGAUUACCUCAUCAAGUUCCUAGCCCUGGGCGACUCGGGGGUGGGCAAGACCAGCUUCCUCUACCAGUACACAGACGGGAAGUUCAACUCCAAGUUCAUCACCACCGUGGGCAUCGACUUCAGAGAAAAGAGAGUGGUGUACAAAUCAAACAGUCCCGAUGGCUCGGCCGGCAGGGGCCAGAGGAUCCACCUUCAGCUGUGGGACACGGCUGGACAGGAGAGGUUUCGGAGUUUAACAACCGCAUUCUUCAGGGAUGCCAUGGGCUUCCUGCUGCUGUUCGACCUCACCAAUGAGCAGAGUUUCCUCAACGUCCGAAACUGGAUGAGUCAGCUCCAAAUGCAUGCGUAUUGUGAGAACCCAGACAUCGUCCUCUGCGGGAACAAGUCGGACCUGGAGGACCAGAGGGCCGUCACCGAGACAGAAGCGCGAGAGCUGGCCGAGAAAUAUGGCAUUCAGUACUUUGAGACGAGCGCGGCGAGUGGUGAGAAUGUGAGCAAGGCGGUGGAUGUGCUGUUGGACCUGAUCAUGAAGAGGAUGGAGCGCUGCGUCGACAAAUCCUGGAUCCCUGACGGUACCGUGCGCGCAAACGGACACAGCGCCACGGACCUCACGGAACCCAGCGACCCAGAGAAGGGAAAAUGUGCCUGUUGAAGUUCUGCCAAGUCCAAAAGUACAACACCGAACCUUUCAUUGUCUCCCCGCCCUUUUUUAUCGUCGAAUUGGACAGAAAUGUAUGGGAGAGGUUACCAUGAGCUUUUAUUACCAGAAAAAUGUUGGUCAAAACACAUGAUGAAUGCAUCAAAAUGGCAACUGCUAUAUUCCUACACUCGUAUACCUACAGUAUGUAAUACCACCACUGCAUUAUGAAUUUUUGAGGGUUUUUUUUUUUUUCAUUUUAAAGUGAUUGUUAUAGCUUGCUGUAUAUUCCUCACCGUCGAAAGUGCCUUUAAUUGUUUGCAUCUUUAAGUAAUGUGCAAUGACAAAAAAAUAGCCUUAAGAGGAUUCUUGCUAAGGAGAAGAAUGCAGAAAAUAUUUGUGAUUCCAAAUGGGUUUAUAUAAUGUCGUAGUAGAUGAAUCGUACAGAAGCACUCUUUAAAGUCUUGAAGCCCUUGCUCUCCUGAAAAGCUAAACAAUUUGAGCACAUUCAAGUUAUCAAUGUCCAGACCUGUUGUCGAAUUCCACAGCUCUUAGUUGAUUUUAGACAUGUUGGAUGUAUAUUUGCCAAGUUUCAUUCCAUAGGUGGUCUUGAUGUGUUGGGUCUGCGCUGGGCCUGUCUGUCUACUGUAUUGUCUGCAACACUGUAUCGUUUACAGGCCUUAAUGUCUGCUGUAUUUCCUGCAACACUGUACCAUUGCCAAACACUCUUCAUACCAAAUAUGGACACCAAAAUUCUUUAUUCCAGAAAAGAAUAAAUAUAUUUUAUUAUUUAUUGAA